UCGACGAGCUGUCAUUUGACACAUUGAGGUUAUGUCAAUGUAAAGUUGUUUUUGUAGUUGAAACCAAAAUAAACGGAUGCACCGAAACGAAUGCAAGGCGUUCGAAAAUUUUGACACAGUCUUUUGUUUGAUUAAUUCGAAAUAAAUAACUGUAAAUAAGAUGAUUCUACGGAGAAGUGCUUUAUCAUGUGUACGCACAAAUUAUUGCCGGUGUCGUUGGAUUUCGAUGAGUUUGCCGACAGCGAAUGAAGAGCGAAAGAAUUUACCAUCACGCAGACUAUUCGACGAUCUCACCGAACGUCGUUUCAUUGAUGAACAAUUGUCGCGCAGUGGCCGAAAACCAUUCGAAGUGAUGCUGGAAAAACCGAUUGUUGUUAAGAAUUUUUUCAUAUCGGAACUUGAGAGUGAAGAGAUUAAAUACCCGGAAGUGUUGUCAAAGCAACAGCUGGAAAAAUGGAAAGCAACGAAUGGAAAUAUUGCCGAACAGCUGACGAAAAACGUUAAGUUAAGUCAACAAAUUGAGAGUCUGAAAAAAAUGAAUUUGUUCGGUUAUAAUAUUCCAAAAGAAUUCGGUGGUCAAGAGUAUUCGUACACGGAACGUGCACUGGCCAGCGAAGUUGAAGCACAGAAUCUUGCAGUUGGAUUAUUGUUGAAUGCUCAUCGUUUGGUCUGUACGGCCAUUUGUGAAAAUGGUACCAACGAUCAAUGUGCCAAAUAUCUGCCGAAAAUGGCCACGGGCGAAAUGAUUGGCACCGUAGCAUUUCAAGAAUGGAACAACAUGGAGAGACAGGGACUCAAUACUAAAGCUGAGUACGAUGAUGACGAUGAACAAUGGUGUUUGAACGGAACCAAAUCCUUUGUAAUAAACGGUGACGGUGCGAAUUUGUUUAUGGUAUUGGCACAGACACAGAUCAGCGAUCGACUGGGAGAUAAGAAAAAUGCUCUAAGCAUUUUUCUAGUAGACAGCUCUUUACCCGGCGUCAAAAUUCACAAACAAGACAAGAAAAUUGGACUUACCGACACAAACCAAAAUAAAGUCACAUUCAAAGAUGUGAUAGUAUCAAAAGAUGCGAUACUGUCGAUAGCAGGCUCUGGGCAUCAUAUUGAACAAAGACUCACCAUGUACUCACGAUUGAACCAAGGACUCAUCAAUUUGAUGCAAAUGAAGUCUAUUUUACAAUAUAUGAUGGACAUGGCCGAAUCAAUCGAACGAGAAUUAUUAAACAUAGUAGGUGCCAAUGAAGCGGUGACGCUCCGUUCAGUUAUAGGCAAAUAUACCUGUUCCAUUUAUGCCUUAGAGAGUAUGUUAUAUUUAACCACGGGGAUAAUGGACAAAUAUGAUAAUACAAAUAUUGACCUUGAAACAGCUAUUUUAAAGACGUAUUCCCAAGACCAAUUGCUGGAUAUGUCAAUAGAUCUAUUAAAUUUUGUUGAUUCUCGAGUGACUUUAUCUGAGCAUCCGGUGAAUGAAUUGAUUCGGAAUGCGAUUCAGUUGAAAUUUAGCGAGUCAGAAAAUAGGUUGAAGAUACAUAUCGGCCGAGAGGGUAUCCAUUAUCGUUUGGCUCGUCUAAUCGAAGAGGUGCAAAUAAAAAAGAAUAAGGAAUUUGUAGUGAAAAAUUUCCUGUCCGAACAGCAGUUGGAUAUGUACGCGGUGGAAAUGCGACGGGCUGCCAAAGGUGUAUUUGAUUCAAUCGAUUUACUUCGUCUAGGAGUGUCCGCACUCAUUUAUUCAGAGGCACGUCAUGAGAAAAAGAUGCGUGAUAGUGAAAUCAAGAAGAUUGCUGAUGCAGCCGCAUGCAUUUAUGCAUCAUAUGCAUGUCUAUUACGUGGAGAUCGUUCGUUGAAAUUGCAAUUGCCAAAUGCACAGCCAGAAAGUACUAUCGCUCAAAUAGUCUGUGAUCGAAAUUCGGCCGAAGUAAAACGAUUAACGAAAUACAUUGAAGAUGGUCCAAUCAAAACAUUCGAAAGUUAUCACGAGUAUGUUGUACAUUUAAUGCUUCAGCCCAAUAAUAAAUUUCCAGCCCAUCCGUUGACACGGUUCUUUUAAAUUUCAUAAAAUUUGUAGUGACAUAUUGUUGAAUAAAUAUUUAAGGAAAUGUAAACUGUUUUAUGAUAUCAUAA